ACGACGUUGCUGUUGACAACAAACUUGUUUGUUGAUCUCAUCAGUCGUCUCCUUCAGAAUCAUUUCAGCUCGGACGUGCCACAGUUCCGGUCUCCACGAGCACUGAUCCUGUUGCCGAGACGACCUUAGCUACUUCAUCAUGAGGGAAUGCAUCUCUAUCCAUGUCGGACAGGCCGGAUGUCAGAUGGGCAAUGCAUGCUGGGAACUGUACUGCCUGGAACAUGGCAUCCAGCCCGAUGGUCAGAUGCCCUCAGACAAGACUAUCGGGGGUGGGGACGACUCCUUCAACACCUUCUUCAGCGAGACCGGGGCAGGGAAACACGUCCCCAGGACAGUGUUCGCUGACCUGGAGCCAACUGUUGUGGAUGAGAUCCGCACAGGAACGUAUCGGCAGCUGUUCCAUCCCGAGCAGCUGAUCACCGGAAAGGAGGACGCUGCGAACAACUACGCCCGCGGUCACUACACCGUAGGCAAGGAGAUUAUUGACCUAGUUCUUGACCGGAUCAGGAAGCUGGCUGACCAAUGUACCGGUCUCCAGGGAUUCCUCGUUUUCCACAGCUUUGGAGGUGGCACUGGCUCCGGCUUCACCUCCUUGCUACUGGAACGUCUAAGUGUCGAUUAUGGGAAGAAGGCAAAGCUGGAGUUCUGUAUUUACCCUGCCCCGCAGAUCUCAACAGCUGUCGUCGAGCCCUACAACUCUAUCUUGACAACCCACACCACCUUGGAGCAUUCAGAUGUCAGCUUCAUGGUCGACAACGAGGCUAUCUUUGACAUCUGUCGUCGAAACCUCGACAUUGAGCGUCCUACGUACACAAACCUGAAUCGUCUGAUUGGUCAGAUUGUGAGCUCAAUCACAGCCUCUCUUCGUUUUGAUGGUGCCCUGAACGUGGAUUUGACCGAAUUCCAGACCAAUCUUGUACCAUAUCCACGAAUCCACUUCCCGUUGGCAACGUUCGCUCCUGUAAUAUCCGCAGAGAAGGCCUACCAUGAACAACUUAGCGUGGCAGAUAUCACCAAUGCAUGUUUCGAGCCUGCCAAUCAGAUGGUAAAGUGUGACCCUCGUCACGGCAAGUACAUGGCCUGCUGCCUACUGUACAGAGGCGAUGUCGUCCCGAAGGAUGUAAACGCUGCCAUCGCCAGCAUCAAGACAAAGAGAACCAUCCAAUUCGUCGAUUGGUGUCCAACUGGUUUCAAGGUCGGCAUCAACUACCAGCCACCCACUGUUGUCCCUGGUGGUGACCUGGCUAAGGUCCAGAGAGCCAUGUGUAUGUUGAGCAACACCACUGCUAUCGCGGAAGCAUGGGCUCGUCUCGACCACAAGUUCGAUCUAAUGUACGCAAAGCGUGCUUUCGUCCACUGGUUCGUGGGGGAGGGUAUGGAGGAGGGAGAGUUCUCCGAAGCCCGUGAGGACCUGGCUGCCCUGGAGAAGGACUACGAGGAGGUUGGGAUGGACUCUGCUGAAGAUUAUGGAGAGGAACAGGAAAAUGAAUACUAAAGAGUCCUUUAAACCUUACCAGUGAUAACCAUUAACCUACUGUCUUACAAUAUCAAACGUGUUUAACGUAAACGCAACACACAUGUACUAGUUACAAUCUAUAAUCCUGAAAAAUAUAAUUGUGUGAUGUUAUAUGCUACAAUAACUACCUUUCCGAAAAAUGUACAAGGGAUGAAUCAAUAUCUGCAAUUAAUAAAUUAUUUAAACAGA